AUGUCACUUAUAAAGAGAGAAUUAAUUGAGAUUUGUAGACGUGGGGAAAGUGCCAUUAAAUCACUUGGUGAAUUACGACACAAGUAUUCUAUACUUCAAAAACAAUACAAUGGAUCCAAUCAACUAACUGAGGAUGCGCUACAUAAGGUUGCAGAAUUAAUAUCUUUAAGUCAAACAUUAACUAACGAGCGUGAUGAUGCAAUACAAAGUAGAGAAAAUGCAGAAAAUGAACUUUCGCAACUCCAACUUGUCAUUGAUAAAUUAACUGAAGAAUCUGGUCAACGUACAAGGGAAGAAAUAGAUAAAAUAGAAAAGAAAGCUAAUGAAAAUAUUGAAAAUUUACUAAGUGAACUGCACCAUAUUGAGAAGGAACGUUGUCAAUUGGCCAUUCAAUUAGAAUUUCAUAAAACAAACAAUCUUGGUCAUCAUAUCAAUGAUAUAAAUAGUGAAUGUAAAUCUGCUCUUAAUGCAAAUACUUCUCCAGGAGAUUUGAAACCGGAUUGUCAGUUGGAUACUUUUAAAAAACGUGCUAUACACGCUGAGAGUUUAUGCGAUGAAUUGAAGUUAAGAUUGGAAACUGAAUGUAACAACAAAGAAAAAUUAGUUGCAUCUAAACGAAUGGAAAUUGAACAAUUAAAUGAAAAGAACAAAUUUCUUGCGGAACGUUUUGAAUAUACUGAAUUACAACGGCAAAAAAAAGAAAACCAUUAUAAUAAACAAAGUGAAGUUUUGUUCAAUUCUGAACUUCAAUUGAAUAGUCUUAAACAACAGUUAGAAGCUGUGCAAAAAAGUGCACAAGUUCAAAUAACGUCAAUAAAACAGUCAAUGAAAAUGCAAGAAGUUGAGUAUAAAUUAAAGAUCGAAACACUUGAGAAAGUAAACAAAUUAACAGAUGAAAAUUGGCGUAAUCUGUUAAAUAAGCAACAAAUAUUAACGUCACAAUGGAGAAAGGAAGCAGAAGAACUAGCUAACCAACUUGAAGAACAAACCAGUGCAUUUAAAACGGAAAUAGAAAAAUAUCGGCGUAAAUGA